AUGAUGAAAGAACCUGAGAAGAUCAUAAAAAAACAACACAUAAAUGGAUAACUUAAAUAUUAGGUGAAAUGGAAAGGUUUUGAUGAAACGACUUGGGAAGUAGAAGAGAAUGUAAAAAAGUACAAAGAGCUAAUUGAAGAUUUUAACUAUUUCUGUUUGACAGGAGAAAGAUAUGACGACAAGAAACUUGAUGAAAUUAGAUAAAUUACAGCAUAAGCGUAACCCAGAACUGCAAUAAAAAGAGUGGCUGGACCUAGACCUCCUGAUCCUAAUAAAAAGGAGAAAAAGGCAGAAAAAGUAGAUCAAAAAUAUUCAGAAAUCAGUGAAACAUUGUCUCAGAGUCAACUUGAGAAUGGCAAUAUCAACCCCAUUCAAUUUGCAUCUAAUAAUAAUAACACUCAAAAUAGUAAUGAAAAUUAGACUUCUAACAUCUCCAAUUAAACUAAUGUAGUUUCAAACUCAUAAGCAGCAUUGAUUGUCAAUAUGCAUUAACAGAAUCAUAAAACUGGCAGCAUAAUCUCGUUAAAGUAACAGGAAUUAACUUAAAAAGUAACCUAGCACUAUGCAAAUUAAGAUGACAAAUUAGCCAUGAUAAAAUUGUAAAUAACUGAGGAUAAUUGUGUUUUCUAAUUAUAAUGGAAAUAGAGAGCAGAUGGAAUAACACCCCUUCCAGAAUUUUACAGCUACGACCAAUUUAAAUUGCAGGCUCCAUUGUUUUUUAUCAAAUUCAUAGAGACUUGUCUGUUGGAUAACGAAUCAAUAUUUAACUUUAGAUUUGAAAUAGCAGGAAAGGACUUGUUAGAAAAAACAAAUUUAAUCAAAGGAGCAUUGUAAAAAAGAGAAGAAAGUGACAAAAAGAAAAGUGCUUAACCAUAAUUGAUAUCCUGA